AUGGCGAAAAAAGCAGUGUUGAUCGGAAUCAACUACCCUGGCACGAAGGCGGAGCUCAAAGGUUGUAUAAAUGACGUGUUGCGGAUGCACCGCUGCCUCGUCGAGCGUUACGGCUUCUCCAAAGACGACAUCACCGUUUUGAUCGAUACCGACAGGUCGUAUACGGAACCAACGGGGAAGAACAUUCGCUCAGCGUUGACCAGGCUCAUACGAUCGGCGAAACCGGGGGACAUGCUGUUCGUGCACUACAGCGGACACGGUACGCGCUUGCCUGCGGAAACGGGAGAGCAUGAUGACACUGGAUAUGAUGAAUGCAUUGUUCCUUCUGAUAUGAACCUCAUCACCGAUGAUGAUUUCAGGGAAUUUGUUGACGGGGUCCCCAGAGAUUGUAAGCUCACAAUAGUAUCAGAUUCUUGCCAUAGUGGUGGCCUAAUUGACGGAGCUAAGGAGCAGAUAGGAAAUAGUACAAAGGGAGAAGGGCAACAUUCUGGUUCUGGUUCUGGCUUUGGUUUGUCCAGUUUUCUACUUCGUACUGCGGAGGAUGCCAUUGAGUCUCGUGGAAUUCAUAUUCCUUCUUCAUUACACCGUCAUGGACACAAGCAUGGGCACAAACAUGAUGAAGCUGAUGAUAGAGACAUUGAACUUCCACAUGCGCAGUAUGGCUAUGUAAAGAAUAGGUCAUUGCCACUUUCUACUGUCAUAGACAUACUAAAGCAGAAAACUGGAAAAAAUGAUAUAGAUAUUGGCAAAUUGAGACUUUCACUUUAUGAUAUUUUUGGGGAAGAUGCUAGCCCUAAAGUAAAGAAGUUCAUGAAGGUUAUAUUGAACAAACUUCAACACGGAGAUGGUGGAAGUCAAAAACACGGUGGAAUCUUGGGGUUGGUGGGUAAUCUUGCCCAAGAGUUUCUCAAGCAAAAGUUGGACGCAAACGAUAGUGAAUAUGCAAAACCUGCCAUGGAAACAAAAGUAGACAGUAAAUAUGAAGCAUAUGCUGGAUCAACAAAGCCUCGUAUUCCAGACGGUGGAAUUCUGUUAAGCGGUUGUCAGACGAAUCAGACCUCUGCAGAUGCAAGCCCUUCCGGUAAUGCUGCCAACGCUUAUGGUGCUUUCAGCAAUGCAAUCCAGGCUAUAAUUGGAGAGAGUGGCGGUGCAGUCACAAAUAAAGAACUUGUUUUAAAGGCAAGAGAAAAGCUGAAGAGAGGAGGUUUCACGCAACGACCAGGACUCUAUUGCAGUGAUCGCCAUGUUGAUGGUUCUUUCGUGUGCUCAUAA